AUGUCGCAAUUCUUCCGGGCCAAGAAGCUCGACCUUGGCUGCUUCAUCAACAUCAAGACGAUCCGAGAUCACACCAAGAGAAAGGUGUACGCACAGUACGAGCCUGAAAGGCAAGCACUGCGCUACAUCAUCAGAAAUACGACACUGCCAGCAAGGACGCGAGCUGAGGCGCAGCUGCAAUUGACACAGAUGCACUGCUAUACGCGACCGACACAGAUCCGCGGCCGGUGUUUGAUGGGUGGAAAGGGACGUGGUAUCUUCCGUGACUUUAAGCUUUCGAGAUAUAACUUUAGAAUGGAGGCAUUGGAGGGUAACCUGCCCGGUGUAAAGAAGGCAAGUUGGUAG